AUGGCUCUCGUACCAUAUGUGGAGGCUGUGGUACCUGCGCUUUCUAAACUUCAAAAUUCUUCAGCAAGUUUUCAUUUUGCCAGCCAUGACAUCCGAAUAACUCAGGAUUGGAGGAAGCUUGGAGUAGCAGCGGUCGUGUGGGACGCGGCUGUUGUUAUGUGCAUUUAUUUGGAGUUGGGUCAGGUCGAGCUGAAGGAUAAGGUGUCCAUUGAGCUGGGAGCUGGCACAGGACUAGUGGGCAUCGUUGCAGCCCUGCUGGGUGCCAAAAUGACCAUCACUGACAGGAAUUCUGCUAUGGAUUUCCUUUCUGCCAAUGUUAAAGCCAACCUACCUGACAACCUCCAGAAGUCAGUUGUGGUGUCUGAGCUGUCUUGGGGUGAGAACCUUGACCGCUACCCAUCAGAAGGAUUCGACCUGGUGUUAGGAGCAGACAUUGUUUACCUUGAGGACACGUUCGUGCCACUCAUACAGACACUUAAGCACUUGUGUUCGCAUGCCACUGUGGUACUCCUGGCAUGCAGAAUCCGCUAUGAACGUGACACCAACUUUUUGAACAUGCUCAGUAAGUGGUUCAAUGUAGCAGAGGUUUACUACGACAAACAAAGGGACAUUCAUAUAUACAAAGCUAGUAAACAACUACCCAGGUGCGAUUUAUGA